AUGAAUAAAGCCACAAUAAGCACUGAUAAACUUAGUGAAGAUAGCUUCGAAGAAGGUGAAGUUGAGUAUUUAACAAGCAUGAAAUGUGCAUAUGUGGUGAUGUGUGAAGUCAGCUUCGAAGAAGUUGAAGUUGAGUAUUCUCUUGUAAGCUUGUACUUUGUCGGGAAACGUAGAAUGACGCCGAGAAUGGAGAUCUUGGAUUGA